AUGCGGUUGCUCAGCCGCCAACUUGGCAUAAAGAACUUCACACUGUUGAAAUCACUGUUUCUUGGUCUUCACAUGGGGAUUCAUGCUUUCCUGCGUGCUUUCUCUUCGGAUCCAUUGAUCUCAUUGGCUAUUGAGUGUGGCUGGAGUGAUUACUAUGAUGCGUAUAAGGGCGUUAUUGUCUAUUUCUGUGUUAUUGAUGGAACUGUAAAGAAAGGUGACAUGAUUUAUUUUAUGGCUAGUGGAAAGAUCUCCUUUCUCUGUAAAAACCCUAAGGCAUCGCCACCUCCCUUCUCUCUAGGACGUGCUAGGGUCCAGAAAUCAUCUCUAGCGGCCGAACAUGCGGCGGCUGGAAACUUCGACACUGCUAUGCGGUUGCUCAGCCGCCAACUUGGCAUAAAGAACUUCACACUGUUGAAAUCACUGUUUCUUGGUCUUCACAUGGGGAUUCAUGCUUUCCUGCGUGCUUUCUCUUCGGAUCCAUUGAUCUCAUUGGCUAUUGAGUGUGGCUGGAGUGAGUCAGCAAGCCCUAACGUCCGGGCCCCACCUGCACUUGUGUUCAAUUUCUCUCAGUUAGAAGAAAAACUCAAAGCUGGCUAG